AUGCCUGUUGCUAAUAUACGUAUUACAAAGGGUCCAAAAACCCUUCAUGGAUGGUAUAUCCACCCCAUUCCAUACGAAAUGACAAUCCAGGAGUUUUAUGACAAAAUUGUUAUAGAUCAAAUAACAGAAGAAUUCAAUGUGGACGUAAAUUCUUCUGACAUUAUAGAAUAUGUUGAAAUAAGCAAAUCCCAAAAUACGUUUGCAACAAAAACUAACCUUAACUGCAAUAUCAUAGAACUCAUUAAUAACUUUGGGAUAAACAUACAUUAUCAUUUUAAAAGUGAUCAGUCUUUGCCUCCAUCAUCGUUUCAAAAUGGUCUCUCAAUUAUUAUGAAACAUGUGCAACGAGACCAAUUAUACUUACCUAUUUUUUCGCAGCCAUCUAAACCAAACCGAAAGCAAAUUUUGCAACAAGAUAUUAUUAAUUGGAUUAAAGAUAAUGGUGGCGGUUGGUCAUCAUCAUCAUUUGCUAAUUUGGAAGGAAAAAAAUUCGUAGUAAAUCUUACUGAAGUGAUUUGGUACAUUGAUAUGCGUGAUCACAAUAAAUUUAAAGAACGUAGUUACCAUAUCCCACCAAUAUUUAUGCAAUUUUUUGGACGUGCUAACCCUGAAUCAUAUAAGGAGGGACGAAAAAGAUUUGAUUUAAAUGAACUUAAUUUGCUUUAUCAGUCUCUUGCGCAUUAUCUUGCAACACCAUGGAUGCUAACACCCAAGUUCAAAUGGCUUCUAGACGAACUCGACAGUUUUGUCGUUUCAAUUUCAGGUUAUAUUAGUUUUCUUCGGCAACAAAAAGAGAUUAGUGCUAAAAAUCAUAAUUCGGAAGUUUCAGUGCGAAACGUGGAAGAUGCUACGAGCGUUAAAAUUCAUAAUCACAAUACUUGGAUCGCACCAGUUAAUAAAACAAAGUAUUAUGACCUUGUAAAUACACUCACUAACACGCCAUCAUGGAAACCGAUUGAUAUUGAAGAAUAUUUACCUACGGAUCCUAUGCAAAGGCUACGAUAUAUCCAAGGCAUUGCCUAUGCAUUUCCCUUCAAAGCUGGUGAAUGUAGGCUUAACUCGGGCAACAAUGUGUUCAACACAGUUUCAGUUUGGAAAAUUGAUGAUGAUGCCGAUGAGACUACCAUAUUACGAAAAAACACGUCAAUUAUCAAUAAUCUACAAAUCAAUGCACCAAAAUAUCACACAAGAGCAAUGAGAAUAAAUUACUUAAGAACCUGUGAUAUGCUUUUGCCAAAGGUGAGGCCGGCGAUGCUUCAAUCGAUUUACAAGAUGUUAACGGGUGAUAUGUCUGCAUCAGAGUCCCUAGAUGAAAAGAUAAUAGAUACACGUAUUAGACUCGCUUUGGAUCUUGGUGACCCUGAAAUCUCUACUGAUCUGCGUGAGCACAAUAUUGGAAGACCCUCAAAAUAUGACGCUUUUUGGAAAGUUGCAGCACAAUUCCUUGCAGGAAAAACUGCAGAUGCUGUUGUAGCUGUUGAUGAAAGAUGUCACGAUACUGUUGUUCAUCUUGCAACAGCAAUAUCAGUAAAUGAUUUGUUGCAACAAAUUCGAUGCGAAUGCACUCCAGAAACAAUAAUUCCAAGCGCACAAUGGUUUCGACUCCAAUUCUGGCCCAAAAAUCCGUCACAAAUAAGUAGCUUUCAAUAUACAGGUCGUUUACCUUUGAAAUAUAUGGUCCAAAUACGUCAAUUACGAGCCUAUCACCAGGAUGCACAUUAUGCCUCUGCACUCUUCCGUUACGAAAAAGAAUUCGCAGUUAAGUUUCGAAAUCUUACUAACCUAGUCUUUCUUGAUGACACGCACCGUUGUAAGGUUGGAGAGCCUGGUUUUCCUGUAGCUGCGGUAGAAAGAGGGAAACGAGUUGUUAUUAGCAAGGACAGUACGUUUGUAGUUGGUGACCACGACUACACCAAGACGGGAAUAGUGCCAAGUGUAACUAUGAUUUGUGACAUACCUGAAUCGAUUGAUGGUGACUUUUAUAAUGGAAAUGUGUAUAUUAGCCUGAAAGAUCCAAUUUUCCAGCCUUCUUCACCUAUCCGUCAUUCAACAGAAUUGUACCAUAUCCUUUUGGAUGAAUCUUUCAGGAACAAACCUAUAUUAUGCCUAUAUACGGAUGGUGGCCCUGAUCAUCGUUGUACAUUUAUGUGUGUUCAACUUUCAUAUAUCUGUUUAUUCUUGGCUUUAGACCUUGACUAUUUUGUAGCCGUUAGAACUCCUCCACAGCAUUCUUGGAAAAAUCUAGUCGAACGUAUAAUGUCAAUUUUAAAUUUAGGGUUACAAUGUGUAGGUUUAAUGCGAAGCAAAAUGGAUGAUCAAUUGGAGAUAUUAAUAAGUAAGGCCAACAAUAUGAGCGAAAUACGAAGAAUCACUGAAAAAAACCCUACCUUGAAAACUUGUUUAAUUGAAAGUUUACAACAACCAAUUCGAUUAAUUCGUGAUAUUUUUGAACGCCAAAGUUUGAAAGAAGUGCCUUUUGAAACGUAUGAUGCAGCAACUGAAGAAGAAAUAGAAAGUUUCUGGGAAACCAUUCAUAUUGUAGAUGAUAGCGUAAUACAGGAAGAUCGUACUAUGGAACAUAUCAAAAAAAAGUUAAAAGAAUUCAUGGAUCACUGUUGUACUAUACGACACUAUUUCUUUACAAUAAAAAAAUGUGGUAAAGUAGACUGCUGUAUUUGCCGGCCUUGCCAUUGUACGCCCGAAGAGUUUGAGCAACUUAAGCAGCUUCCCGAUCCAAUUUCUGGUGAGGAUUUACAUUAUAAAUCAUUUGAGGAAUUAUAUGGAACACCAACAACAGAAAAACACAGACCUUCUUUAAAGAAUUCCAAACCUAUAACAUCAAAAACUG